AUGCGCCGACCGGUGGUGCUACUCGCCGUUCUGUACGCGGCUGUUACAGCGCAAAUUGCAUGGACACCGAUUUUUUUGGAUGGCAGUAGUCAGGUGGACCUAUGGACGCAGACCUCGUCGGGUUGUGCGUGCCCUGGUACAGGAGAUGAACAGUGCGCGUGCUGCGUACGCGACGGUGCGUGUCCUUGCGACGCUAUCGCGCCUACACGCUGUGCGCAAUGCGGUCUAGAGCAGUACUGUUCGAACAUGUGCAAUAUCACAAUCGACUCCCGAGUGCUCAAAAAUAAAUCGGGCAAGACUUUCGGGCAGAUAAAGUCACCAUCCAUCGAGGGGCCGGAUUCUUGCUCGUAUCUCCUACAACCAGACGCCGGACAACGAGUGGAAAUACAAAUCUACCGUCUUGUGUCUGUGGGAAGAUUUAAUGGCACUAGUUGCGCGGGAGGAUGGCUGCAGUUAGGAGGUGCGAGUGCUGUGCAGGACGCAACCGGUGCGGCAGAAACGAGACUGUGUGGUAGCAACGAAAGGUAUACACCGCCGGUGGUUCUUUUUGCCGACUACGGUGCUGCCAUUUUAGACUUUAAAAUUACGGAGAGAACAGUAAGAUCGCAGUUCCUGGCAUUCUUCAGUUUUACGUCUCUGAGCAAUACCCAAGGCGUUGGGUUUCAUCCACGAGGUGGCUCUAGAAUCCCUCACACGGAUUGCGACUGGCUGUAUCAAGACGUGUCGUGUCGGACACCGGGCUCCUGUGUAUUGGCGAGUCCUGGUUAUCCCGGCUUGUACCCACCGCAUCGACGAUGCCGAUAUCUGUUCGCAACAAACUCUGUACACACGCGGGUCAAAAUCAUCUUUACUUCAAUAAUAUUACCGAGAAACCGCUGUACGACGGACUAUCUGACGCUUCGUGCCGGAAGUUCACCCUCCGCGCCGCUGUUGGCAACAUUGUGCUCGGAAAGAGUCUCCACCCUGGAGCAUCCCGGACCAAAUUUACUUUUGGAAUUCAACUCGGGUCCUGUAGUGCCACCAUACGAUUACAAUGGUUUUAUUGCGAAGUUGGAAUUUGUGGAGAAAUCAGAGUCUAGUGAUGCUCCACCGACAGUUGUAGUCGCCUCACACCCGUUAGCUUUCCUGACACAUCACACAAACCACGGCGACCGACCACCAGUAGAUCAAAACGCAAUAUCCAACGAAUUGUCGAGUAGUGGUAGGAUUGGGUGCGGGGCAAGUGUACGAGGGUAUGGGCCGGGCGGUGUAAGGUCCGGCCAUUUCGAUACGAAAGCGAGUGCAUGGAGAACGCAAUGCGCCAUCCACUUACUUGGUGUCCCUACAGACAUAGUGCAAGUGUCGCUAUUCAAUUAUAAUUUAAGAUUACAAAGUUGUAGAUCUCACAUUGAAAUAUUAGAGGGUUUACAUGAAGUUGGUGGAAGAGGUGAUAGAGCCGAUCGGUAUGAGCGAGGAGACAGAGCUCUUCUCAGAGUUUGUGGCCCCUCUGUGAGGGAAGCUAGAGAUCCUACUGGAAGAUUUUUAGUUAGACAAGCUGUGACUUCAAAGGGCGCUAACCUUACUAUCUUAGUUCGAAGGGCAACAUCUCAAAGUGCAGAUGAAGAAGAGUUUGUCGAUGGUGCCUUUGCAUUUCAUGACGAGCAACAUGAAGGAACAGUAUCACCGGAUGCCACAUGCGCCUCUACACAUUAUGGACUGGCUGCGCCUGCGCAUGGGGGUGUAUCAGCGCCAAACCAACACCACAUAUUUUGGAAUAUAGAAGAAAGACUCUUGUGCACUCAUCGUUUUAUUCCGGCUGCUAAUCAAAGUGUUACUAUUGAGAUUCAACGUUUGGAGCGAAUGUGGAGUGCUGAGCCGACGAAUUUAGUGGUACCUGGGGCGGCUGGUUGCCGUACAGCUUGCGGUGAUGCUGGUUGCGAGUGUCGUUCCGCUACGCCUCUACACUACCACGAUCACAUCGCUUUGGUUGCAGGGGAUGGUACACACUUAUCCUGUCUUUGCGGAGACUUCCAAUCCACCUGGCUACCCGUGGUUGUACGAAGUUGGACAAGCCUCCGUCUAGAGUAUUCAGUGGCGCAUUACACCUACGCUAGCCGUGGCUUCGAUUACGCCGCGGCUUAUAGCUUCAACGACGACUCUAUGUGUGGCCAACGCACGUAUACUACUCAUUCAGGUGAAAUAUCAUCACGAAAUGUAUCAGUCACUGGCAGUCUGAAUGAAUUUUUCUAUCAGCAAUGCACCUGGGUCCUAGAUUCCAACGUCGAACGACAACUUUUCAUUGAUAUAUCUUCCGAACAGGACAAAUCGUGCAGUUCUUGGAAUAUAACAAUUCACGAAUGGUCAGGCAGAGGUGUCCACAAUGAGGGCGGCCUUGCCGCUUCGGCUGGUGACCUGCUCUAUACAUUUUGUGCAAGACAUAAGAACCACACAUACACCCUGCCUUGGAGAUUAAAUACUGUUGUCAUCAGGUUAGUAGCUCUAUCACGUCAGCAGCCUUUGUACACAAUGCGUUGGCGAUCACAAGUAGUUCGCGCUAACAAUAGACUCGGCCCGCCAACUCCUGCACCGGCCGCCUCCGCGCGAUCGCCGCAACAAUUAAAAACACACUCAGUGCUAUUAUUAAUCUACCCCGUGUCCUUACUAAAACAUUUUAUAGUAUAA